AUGAUCCCCAAAUUUCGGUCAAUCACCAUCAUCUCGUCACCCUACCAUGUUGGCAUCCCCCAAGUGGCUGUCGGGGCUGGUCCGGCCCAUCUGAAGCUCCGCGGACUCGUCAGUACAAUUCGAAAGCGUGGAAUUGAAGUCGGCGAAGUAGAAAUACCACCAGUGCACGACCAGUUCGAAGGCGACAUAGCACGAAGUUUUGAGGUGUUCCGAAGAACAGCCAUCUCUAUUCGGCGGGCACACGAACAGGCAUCCUUCCCCAUCGUUAUCGCGGGUAACUGCAGUUCAAGCGUGGGUGUACUUGCUGGUAUUUCUGCCACGUUGGGAGAUUCCGACAAAACGCUGGCUUGCGCUUGGUUUGAUGCUCAUGACGAUUUCAAUACCCCUGAUACUAUUACCAGUGGAUACUUUGAUUCCAUGCCAAUCGCGAUGAUGGGUAAUCUUUGCUUCAAGUCGAUGCUUGCAACGAUUCCCGGGUAUUCCCCACUUGACUUGAAGCGGCUGAUUCACGUUGGCAUGCGUGACGUUAAUGAAAUUGAGCGGCAGCAUGUGGAGGAAGCUGGCAUAUCAGUAAUUUGGGGAAAUCCACGGGUUAAAGUCGACUUUAACAAGCAUCUAGCGGCAAUGAUAGCUGACAAAAAACUCGAGUCUCAGCCAUCACUAGUCCAUCUUGACUUGGACAGCUUUGAUACUUCCAUUGGGAAGGCAAACAGAUUCGCGGCCCCGGGAGGUUUGCAAGAGGCUGAUAUGCGUGAGUGUCUUUUAACGCUGGCAGAGAAAACAGUGCCUAUGUCGGCGACGAUUGCUUCGUUUGACCCGAGCUUUGAAGGUGCUGAUGCUAUUGCGGAUGCAAUAAUUCGUUGCGUAUCAGUCUUUGUAGACUCUUUGGUUGCUAAGUGGAAGAUAUUGGAUACGCAAGGGUAG